AUGCGCGCCGUGGGUUUCCACGAUCACUUGCCCAUCGAUGACCCCGACUCCCUCCUUGACCUCGUCGUUCCAGUACCCGCCAUUGCUGGCCACGACCUGCUGGUCCAGGUUCAUGCCGUAUCUGUCAACCCCGUAGACUGCACGAUUCGCUUCCCCAAUGGUCAUUCCCCCUUGUCGACCUGCAACAUUCUUGGCUACGAUGCCGCCGGUGUGGUUGUCGCCGUGGGACCGGACGCGUCCGUCUUCAAAGUUGGAGACGAAGUCUUCUAUGCCGGAACGUGGACGCGUAACGGUACCAAUGCCGAGUACCACGCCGUUGACGAACGCAUUGUGGGCCGCAAACCCGCCUCCCUCAGCUUUGCGGAUGCGGCGGCCUUGCCACUGACCAGCAUCACCGCAUGGGAAGCCCUGUUCCAUCGCCUUGGAGUUCCGACUUCAUCAGCUGGUGCCGCUACCACUUCGACCAAGAAAAAUGCAUCGGUGCUCAUCCUCAACGGCGCUGGAGGAGUCGGAUCGAUUGCCAUCCAACUGGCCAAACAACUCACGGACUUGACCGUGAUCGCGACGGCGUCUCGCCCAGAAUCCGAGGCGUGGGUCAAAGAUCUGGGGGCCGACCACGUCGUCAACCACCGCGGAGACAUCGUGUCCCAGCUAUCCGCCCUCGGCUUCCCCCAAGUCGACUACAUCCUUGUCUUCACGGACCUUGCUCCUCACUUUGACACAAUUGUCGAGGUGAUCAAACCUCAAGGCAAGAUCUGCGCAAUCCUGCCCCCCCACGAAAACUUGCCAUUCCAAAAGUUGUUUGCCAAGAGCGUCACGUUCGUGUGGGAGCUCAUGUUUACACGAGCCAUCUUCACCACCGACGACAUCAUUGAACAGCACCAUCUGCUGAACCAAGUCAGUGCAUUGGUGGAUGCCAAACGACUUCGCACUACGGUAGGCAAGACGUUUGGGAUGAUCAACGCUGCGAAUUUGAAGCUAGCCCAUGCAGCGUUGGAAGCGGGCAACGCCGUGGGCAAGGUCGUCCUCUCGGGAUUCUGACCAAGUGCUCUAUGGUCUUCGUGUACUGUCAUUCAAUAAAUAGUACACAUGUAUGAUCCAACCUUGGUAAGAUUUAGAUGAGUUGCUGAACCUCUCUAAUGAGAGGUUGGCUCUUGGGCUCCAAAGACCCCCCCCAUGUCAAACAUUAACGAUUCUUCAC